AUGGCGGAUUACAAUACUUCGCAAGCGGAGGUGUGGGAUGAUUCUGCGCUGUUGGAGUCGUGGAAUGAUGCUCUGGAGGAGUACAAGAAGUAUCACAGUCUCGCGGCGAAGGGCGAGAAAGUAGCCAGGCCAAUCAAAGCAAGCGACGACGCUGUCAACGGCGGGAAAGCGAUCGACUCCGUUCAGGAUCUGGAAGCCGAUGUGGACGCCACCGACGGAGACGUUGCUGCUCAGGCCAAUGCGCAGACGACCACCAUCCCUGUACCCCCGGCGGCGAUGAUGCCACAGAGCUUGAUUGGAGGCCAGGAUGAAGAUCUCAAGAAGCUCAUGAUGUCGUGGUACUACGCCGGGUAUUACACGGGACUGCAUGAAGGCAAGCAACAAGGGUAUGCGAGUGCUAUGCAAGGCGGUGGCAAGGGUUGA